UGACGGAUUAAUGAUGUCAUGUGUCCUAAGUACCAACUGACAUUAUGCAAGAGAAAAGGGGAUUAUGGAUUCCAAGGAGGAGACGCGAGGGGACCUGAUUCCACCGAAUCCGAGUGAAGCCCGGCCACAUUCCGGGGAAAUCAUGCUGCAUCCCAGUCUGAUCCCAGUGUCGAGGUGCGAGGCCUGGAUCUUUGUUGAACACAGAACGAUAUUGUGCCAAGUAUUCAGAUCAAAUCGGCCAAGAAUUUACCCACAUAGCGGUUAACCUUUUGGCGCAUGAGCCGGGGUCCUCAGUUGGUACUUAGGUCACCCGAUGCACGAGGAGAACAGUGCCGAGGCCCACGUUCGGGAUCGAGGUUCGCCAGUCUGAAAGUCCAUCUUCGACCUCGCUUGACCCAACGCCGCAGGUCCCCGCCGUGCUUCUUCAAUUACCUCGGGACCUACUACCCUUUUGUGCUGACCGCUCUAGGCUGAAGUAAACAACUGGCGAGAUCACGCUGCUCGCGAUCAUGAGAUGCUUUCCCGCAUACUUCCAGACGAGACGUCGAACGGUUUUGCCGCGAGGGCGCAUUCGGCGUCAAUAGACCGACAGCCUCUCAACUCCCGUGUAGUUCAGCAAUCUGUCUGUCUCCGCGACCCAAGCACAAGCAAUUCAUACAGAUAGACUGAUCUUGUAAUCUUUUGCCCGAAGAUCAAAGAAGCGUUUUUGGCGUGUGCUUAGCAACCGGCUCGAGUCUCAUGACAACAGAGAUAUCUCAGGAUCGGCAAGCCUGGAC